AUGCCAUUCAUGCCGUUCAUCCCGCCCACCUUGCCAAUCCUGUCGAUUCUGCCACCCACCCUGCCUAACCCAUUCAGCCAUUUUGCUUUGUUAUCAACCCAUGCCCAGUCUUACCCUGUUGUCGUGAUCACUGGAUUUUGUCUCUCUUUUCUCCCAUUCUCCAUUCUUUCUCUUUUCCUUCCCUUCUCUCUCCAUCCCUACCCUACCCGACCCUACCCUUCCUCUCGUUCCAUGAUCAUCGACUAG